AGCAAUGAACUCUGUUUCUUUAUGAUCUGCAGGCAGAGGAGAUGGAGACUGAGAACAAUACAGUGGUGACCGAAUUUAUCCUUGUUGGUUUGACCCAGUCUCAAAGUAUUCAGCUCCUGGUCUUUGUGCUAGUUCUAAUUUUCUACCUCAUCAUCCUCCCUGGAAAUUUCCUCAUCAUCCUCACCAUCAGGUCAGACCCUGGCCUCACGGCCCCUCUCUACUUCUUUCUGGGCAACUUGGCCUUCCUGGAUGCAUCCUACUCCUUCAUUGUGGCUCCCAGGAUGCUGGCGGACUUCUUCUCUGAGAAGAAGGUGAUAUCUUAUAACGGUUGCAUCACUCAGCUCUUUUUCUUGCACUUCCUUGGAGGAGGGGAGGGGUUGCUCCUAGUUGUGAUGGCCUUUGACCGCUACAUUGCCAUCUGUCGUCCUUUAUACUACUCUACCGUCAUGAACCCAAGAGCUUGCCAUGUCUUGCUGUUGGCUCUGUGGUUUGGGGGCUUUGUCCACUCCAUUAUCCAGGUGGCCCUCAUCCUCCGCUUGCCCUUCUGUGGUCCAAACCGACUAGACAACUUCUUUUGUGACGUACCGCAGGUCAUCAAGCUGGCCUGCACUGACACCUUUGUGGUGGAGCUCCUGAUGGUUUUUAAUAGUGGUCUGAUGACCCUCCUGUGUUUCGUGGGCCUUCUGGCCUCCUAUGCAGUCAUCCUCUGCCGUGUACGUGGUUCCUCCUCUGAGGGGAAGAGCAAGGCCAUGUCCACAUGCACCACCCAUAUCAUCGUUAUAUUUCUCAUGUUUGGGCCUGGCAUCUUCAUUUACACCCGCCCCUUCAGAGCCUUACCAGCAGACAAGGUGGUUUCCUUUUUCCAUACAGUGAUCUUUCCUUUGAUGAACCCUGUGAUUUACACCCUUCGCAACCAGGAAGUGAAAGCGUCCAUGAGGAGACUAUUGAGUCGGCAUGUGAUCUGCUGA